AAAACUCGCUUAAAUUCGUGGAAUAAUCAUGGUCGUUUUUGUUGUUCUGCUGGCGCUCGAGGUUACAGCAAGACAAGGAAAGGUUACUUCUAAAGUCUGCUGGAGACUCUGUGCGGACAGCUGGCCACGGGAAAUUAACCCCAUACCCUACAGCACCAGAAGCAGCGGACAGUAACAACUUGACGAUAAAAAACCGAAGACUGAUUAAUGAGUACUAUCAUCAGCGCUAAUGAGGAAAGGCAUUAACAGUUUUAUACUUGUUGAGGGAAAAAGAGAAAAACUCCCACUUAGUGUAAGACUGGUAUUUUAGGGAGAGUGACACAGUUACUAUUAGUUCAUCAAGGUAGUUGGAACAAAUUUACAGAAGACCUGUACGUGAGGAAAAUACGCUUUGAACGUUAUAUCAGUCAAAGCAAAACUCGCUCAAAAUAUUGAUGAGAUAAAAUUGUUCAACAAGAACAUAGUUUCCUUCUGCGACAGAAAGAAUAGUUAAACUAAGACAAAGGGACAGUCGUGUGAUUUGUGGAAGUCCUAUUCGGGAGAAAUCUCCCAAUUGUUUUGAAGGGAAAGUGCCAGACACCGUAGCUUCUUAGCUGGAGAUUGUACAGAUUCUACUGACAAUUCUAGACCAGCUGUCUGUCAUCAAGUCACUCGGCUUGUGCGUCUCUAAGUGUGUGGUUGUUGUGGAGUCUUCUUCAAGCUCUCCUGCUCUGGCAAAGGCUGGUGGUUCUGACCGGGAACAUCAUCACUGAACCAAAGCCGCACAGACUUUGAUAGGAGCAAAUCUGUAGCAGAUCUUCAGAGUCUGGACACAUGAUUGGGACUUUGCAAAGAUACUAUUGCAUCUUGUGAAGCCUAGUCACUUCCUAACAGCUGAUUGUCCAGCAAGCCGUCCAGUCCGUGCCUCUCUCCAACAACAACACUACUAUGUCGACAUCCUUGCUACAUCUGUCCCUGGUGAUGUUCUGGGCCAGUGUUGUAAUAUGUGAACAAGUGGACAUGUCACACCAGUUUACUUCGCUGGUAGAAAUUCAGAAGGUAAAGGAGCGCAUUAUGCGUGGACUCAACCGGAGCAUUCCGCCUAGUCAGCCUAAAACGACACGUAUGCUCAACACGGACACCAAGGGCAUGAGCAGUCGGCGAGACCCCCAGACCAAACCCACCUACAGAAUUUCCAAAAUCUGGUCCGAAGCCAAAGAUGCUCAUAGGGCGAGUGCUCUGAACUUCAACAUGGAGUCCUUGCUGCACCACAACACAUCCAAUUUCACAGGCAUCAGUCUCAUUGUAACACUGCGAACCGACAGAAGCAACAAGCGCAAAGCAGUAAAACCGGUGGCUACACCAAUGAACUCGCUCAAGACUCGGAACGGAACAGAAAAGAAACGGCGAACAAAUGGUGAAAAAUCAUCGGAUUCCUUCGGGCGUAAUAAAAAAGUCCCAAAGAAACGCAGUAUACAUUCGGAUAUUUUCAAACGAUCUAUUAUGAGCUCAUCAGAAAAGACAACAGCAGUUGAAAUCCCUCGAGAUGAACCCCUGUCUCGUAGUCUGUUCAAAAGAGCAGCCGGUAGAGCUGGGAGAGACAGGCGGCGGAGGAGAAGAAAGAAUAGGAAAAAUCGCAGGAAGUCAAAGCAGAGGAGACAUAAGGUGAAAAUCGUGGUUCGUCAUUACGAUCCUACAACGUCAAAGAAGAAGCGAGUCGCAAUGCAUCGUGUCAGCUUCACAAAACGGACAGUUGUAAGCAUUCCGUUACCUUUGAAGCUUCUACAAUCUGAUGCGUUUUCAGAAAACAAGACACUGACUUUAUUCAUAAGUUGUAAACGCUGCCGUCAAUCGGUUCAUCUAGAGCACGUGUACCGAAGACGUAAACAGACAAGGAAGAAGGGGCGGAGCCUGAAUCCAAACAGGCCGUAUCUUGUGAUUCAAAGUAAGGUGCGAUCACUACACCGAAGUGCGCGACAUGUCGACUCCUCAGCUGGUCAGAACUUUUUAGCUGAUAGCAACAGUAGCAGUAGGACAAAGCCGCGGGGUGUUUUGAAAGGCCUGUUCAAAAGUAUAGGAUAUCAUGCGCUUAAAAAUCAACAUCAUAAAGAGCCUUAGUGUUGUAGGAUUGUCUUCAUGACUCAACAUUCAUCAUUGUGACAUAGGGUAACGUACAUGAUAUGUCAAAUUCGACGUUGAACAUUAUCAUACCACCUCGACUGUUAACAGCAUCGAAUUGGCUUUAAUAAUAAUUUGACUACACUAAGACAAUGGUAAGGCCAGACACUGUACAAUUAUGUCUAUUAAAGGGUCGAGCUCACCAAUGCAUUCACCCCUUCUCCCUGGUUUCUGGGAAGUGACUGUUUUGACGAUAUACACAAUAAUUCGUAGACUAAAUCUGAAGGCUUACACUAAUUAACAGUUGUUCGGAGAAUGUUUUAAUAUAUCUACUGUGUACCCAGCGCUUCUUGUGUACCCAGCGCUUCUUGUCAACAACUAUCUAUCGGAGGAUUGAGGUACAAGAUACUUGGACACACGAGGGAUACUGUGUAUAAAUACCUUAUGAGGAGACAAUUCCAGUGCAAUAUGGGACUCAAGCUCUUAAUCGAAAAUCCACCUGACCUUAACAUAAUAUGUGGUCAAAAGUUGUAAAAUGAUACAUAUUCCUGAAGUUCUUGCACGGGUAUGGACCACUGUUUGAAAGAUCAGAUUACAAGUUAUUUACUUAUCUACAUUAGUUAACACACACCUAUCUCUGGUAAGCUAUUACCCCCCCCCACAACCACGGUUCCUCUUUUUCCGUCGUCUGUUGGUUAAAAUGAUAAGGUGUUUCAACGUAAAACAUCACGUAGAGAAAUUAGAUUUACCAAAAUAUUCUAUUAUCAACACAAGCUGUCGUUAUUCUAAGCGAUAGCGCUGUUUUUUAUGUAAUGUUUGGACUCUGCUCCAUGUACGAAAAAGACGCGAGUUUUAUCCCUUUCGAAGAAAGUAAUUCUUGACUACUGCUGUUUUUCUAGUGAAGAUAUCGCGGAACGCAUUGCUAUCUCAGUGGUAUCAUGCUGGACUAAGAUGGGGAGGAGGAAGAGACCAGGUUCGAAUCCUCGACGAGGUGCGUAAAGCUUGGGUUGUUAUGGGGAUUUUCCAAGAAUCUCUGCCCAUUUGCCUCGUACUUGUGCACAUCGAUCUUCCAUCAGCAGGAGUAGGAAGGUGGCUCCGUCCUCUGCUAGUCUGUGGGAGACCCUUGAGCAAGGUAGGGUACCUACUUAACUCCCCGGGCAUGGUUACAUGAAGUUAAGGGACGGACGAACUGUUGGGCAGUUAAAGAUAGUUUUUGGAACUGGUCAGCUUUUCAAGUGUGCCAUGCAGAAGAAACUGCUACGACAGAACAAUGGCCAGGAGAAUUCAUUCAGCAUGGGAAUAGCUUGUACGAAAAGAAAUUGUCGUCUACUAUAGGUGUUUAAUGCAAAGUAGAUCAUUUGAAAGAAAAAAAAGAAAAGAAUCCUUAAAGUGUAUGUGUGACCAAUCCUUUUGUAUGUAUGAAGAGCUGGACUCAUAAAUAAGGUCACAGGGAUAAGGCUAGAAAUCGCCGAAAUGUAGUAUUUAAGGAGAAUAAUCCGUAUUUCAUGGACAAAGGGGAAUAAAAAUAGAUACGUGCUCCAAAUGGCAAGGUUUGGCGGAUCUUUAAACCUGACUAUCAGAAAAAGCAAUUGAGAUUCUUUAGCCACAUAAAUACAUAUCAAUUAAUGGACUAGAAAAACUGUUGCAGUGAGGAAAGAUAGAGGGCCCUGAAGAGCUGAGGAGGAAAGAGGGCAAUAAACAUAGAUGCCCUGUACAACCUUGAAACAAAUAUCGCAAUAAGAAAAACUGAGCUGAUCAGGAUGACAACAGGAAUGAGUGGGUUACUACAUACGGCAAUGUCUACUUCCGGCCCGACACUUGAAGAACAAGGUCAUAGACGUUGAAUUCGGAGGCCUUGCCUCUAAUUCAACCUAACAGUGUUGAUAGGGGCGUUAAACUUAUACAAUUACCUGUUACGAAAGGUGUCCAACGCACAAUAAUAGUUAAGUUCCAAAUAGCCCUUUUCGUCAAAGAUCUAAUGUGUAUCCACUAAGACAUAAAACAUUAGCUAAAUAGCUAAACGGCCAAAUUAAGUGGUGCUUUGCUUCAGUUUCCAUGUUACGAUCUGAUUGCUACUGGCAAUAAUGAUAGUUGUAUUUCUCUAUAUAAAGCUAUUUGGAAUAUAAUAUUUAUUUAUUAAUGAAAUAGAUGUAUUCAAAUUAAUACGCCUUCAUUAACCAUGUGUUUUUUAGUUUCAUGAGAGAACGGUUCAAUUUGUAAUUUGGUGGUCUGUCUUCUUGAUAACUUCAGGAAAGGCAGAAGCAUUAGAGAAGCAAAAGAUCUCGAGCAAUGAGGAGGACGGUCUGACGUGCUUUCUUCCAAUUUUUAUUUUCUAGUUAAUUACCCAACCUGAAAAAUGUAAUUCAUAAAUUUUACAAUUGUGAAUGUGUAUUUCAAAACUUUAAAACAUUGACAUAAUUUGGUCUCGGAUUACUUUUGGUGAUAGUGACUAUUUGAUGCAAUUUCUCCUCUGUGCUUCGGAUUUCAAGCUGAGCGAGAGGGAAGGAGACGAUCCUUAUAAGAUGCGCACACAGUGCGACAUAAAAGCUAAAGUUGUGCUGGGACGCCAUACAUUAAACAAUCGCCUAGAGCAGCAAGUUCUAAGCGAGAUUGUAUGCUGGGUGCUGUCUGAGCCUGUAAGUCGGAUCAUUUGCGCAUCUUAUAAGGUGACGUUCUACAGCUGUUUGUGGUAUGGCAAACGGAAUCUUGUGAUUUGACUGACUGACUGGACACGGAUGUUUUAUGAUAAUAUGAAUACGGGUAUUUGUCCAUCAAUGUUGUGUACAAUGUGACAUUUUGCAAGACUUUCUUUAUUUGUGUUAUCGUGCCCACAUAAAUGUUGUUUUCUUUCUACUCUCGUAAAUUCGUUGAUGUCGAUUAUUGGUUGCUAUAACAUACAUUGUCGAUGUUACUUAAUAAACACUUUGUCCGCCAUUCA